AUGGAUUUCGCGGCGCUCAUGUCCAAGGAGAUUUCCAAGGCCAAAGCUCCAGCAACCAACAAGACUACAGAAGCCAGCCAGGAAAAACCUACACUGUCCGAACAACCGAAAAAGUACAUGCGCCGAGCAGAAGUCGAAGCCGCGCGGAUCGAUGCCUAUAACAAGGAACAAGAGCGACUUCGAAGAGAGCGCGAGGAAAAGCUGAAGAACAAGCGCAAACUUGAAGAAGAAGAAGCAGACCGGGCGCGUGAGCGAGAAGAGAAGAAGCGCAGGAUUGCAGAAGAGCAUAAAAGGAAGAGGGAGGAAGAAGAGGCAAAGAAGGAACGCGAGAGACGACGAAGGCUCGGCUUACCUGAACUACCGGCAAAGGAUGAGCGUGGCGAGACACCUGCGAGCGAGGAUGCCGAGGAAGACAACAUCGAUGAGGAGGAGCUUACCAAAAGAUUACGGGCGCUGAACGAGCCAGCGCGGCUUUUCGGCGAGAACCACCGUGCUCGGCUGCGAAGGUACCGCCGAUUGAGGAAGCGCGCAGCCAUGGCGAAGAAAAUGACUGACGGGCCAAUUCCCACGAUAUUGGAGCCGGUACCUGGCGGACAAAUGAUCAUUGGAUCCAAGCCUCCCAAGGAGAAGGAGGCACGAGAGUUUCUGUUCAGGCAACUGGCGUCCUACUUCAACAUGGUCUUGUCCGAGUGGGAGUUGGCCUUGGCUAAACGUGACGUGACGGUUCGAGAGAGUUUCCAAGGCAAACAAGCCCACAAUGCCAUGCUACAGUCUCGGGAGAAUCUGAAGCCGCUCUUUCGCCGAUUCGAGAAGGGCGACCUGGAAGACGGACUUUUGGAACCUAUCGUGGAAAUCGUUCAUAAAGCCCAGCAGCGAAGAUACGUCGACGCAAAUGACGCCUAUCUUCGAGUGAGUAUUGGAAAAGCGUAA